AGAAGAGAGAGCAGGGAAGGGAAGCGGGAGGGGAGGGGGCUCUGGCGGAGGUGGAGCUGGCUGCAGCGGGCGACUCUAGCUCUCCCAGGUUGCAGGGCACGGGAGCCGCGCCGCGAGUCAGAGCCGAGCGGCUGCAACUGAACGGAGCCCCGAGGCGCUUCCUGCCGCAGCCCGGGCGGCCGCAGCUCAGCGCCUCCCGAGAGCCCCGGCGGCCGCUUGUGAGCCUGUGGGGAGGCGCCGCCUCCGCCGGCUGCAGCUCUCCGGAAAGUUGCCCCGGCGGCCGGACGAGGAACUUGACUGACCUGGCCUGAGCCUAGGGGAGUACCUGGCAAAGAAUAGCUCCCUGCCCUCCACACCAGCACCAAGGAGAGUAUAAUGGUUAGGAGAACUGGAUAGAGAAGAAACCUGGAAGAACUUUGCAUCUGGCAGUGACGGGAGGGAGAGAGGGAUCUAUGCAAACUGUACCAGCAGAAGGAGGUCAGUCAGCCCAGUAGCACCAGCAGGUCACUGAAGAAAGGAGAUCCUGAUCAACGCAUGCUUACCUCAACCUGACUUCUGGAAAAGAACAAGUAUUGCGCUGAAAACCUGUCACCGGGCAGCAUUCAGGACAAGCUUGGCCAAUAAAAGAUACAUGGAGUGCACCGCUCAUUAGAGGUCAGAAAAGAAAUCGUGCUUGAAGCCUCAAGAGCUACAUAGGAAUAAUUGGAUCGAGCAGCCUGGAGACCAUGGAGGGGGAUUGUCUGAGCUGCAUGAAGUACCUGAUGUUUGUUUUCAAUUUCUUCAUAUUUCUGGGAGGGGCCUGCCUGCUGGGCAUUGGGAUCUGGGUCAUUGUGGAUCCUACAGGAUUUCGAGAGAUUGUGGCUGCCAACCCUCUGCUCUUCACGGGGGCGUACAUCAUGCUGGCCAUGGGAGCAAUGCUCUUCCUGCUGGGCUUUCUCGGCUGCUGUGGUGCUGUCCGUGAGAACAAAUGUCUCCUGCUUUUUUUCUUCAUGUUUAUUUUGUUAAUCUUCCUGGCAGAGCUCUCAGCUGCAAUCCUGGCUUUUAUCUUCAGAGAACAUCUGACCAGAGAAUACUUCACCAAGGAGCUAAAGAAGCACUAUCAGGGGAACAAUGAGACUGAUGUCUUCUCUUCCACCUGGAACUCGGUUAUGAUCACAUUUGGCUGCUGUGGAGUGAAUGGGCCGGAAGAUUUUGAAACAGCUCCUCAUUUCCGACUCCUCCAUUCAGAUGAUGUGGUACCGGAAGCUUGUUGCCAGCGAGAGCUCCAGACCCGGGAUGGGGCAUUUGUCAGCAAGGAGGACUGCCUUAUGGGGAAAGACAUGUACCAGAACCGACAGGGCUGUUACACUGUGAUCCUGAACUCCUUUGAGACCUAUGUGUACCUUGCAGGAGCUCUCACCAUUGGCAUUUUGGCCAUUGAGCUGUUUGCCAUGAUCUUUGCAAUGUGUCUCUUUCGAGGGAUCCAGUAGGAGGUGCCCCCUGAGCAACUGCGAUGCUCCUAUGUACUUGGAAGAAAGACCGAAAAAAAGAGGGGGGAAAACUUUAUUUUUUUUUUAACAAAAUGGAAACAAAAAAGGGUUGUAAUAUAUGAAUGACCAAAAGGAUUGUACUUCAGGGGCGGGAACUUUGAAGUGCUAUGCACUACACUAAGCCACACCUACCUUCUCCCAGAGCAACCUGCACAGACAUUGAUCAGGAGAGAAGUGCAAUGAAUUGCAUUAGAGACUGAUGGCGCUUGCAGGGUGGGUGGGAGGGAAGGCAACUGAAAUGGUCCCCAUCAGAGCAGGACACUGCCUAGUAUAUUCACAAUUGUAUUGUUUUAGAUAGUGAAGAAAGAGAAGAACUGUAUAAUGCAACACAGGGGCUAGAUUCAGUACCCAAAGGAAGCAGGUCAACCACAGCACAUGGGUGUAAAGGUCAGGCAAGUUUCAAACAACCAGAAAAAAAUGGCUUUUGAUAUCCAGAAAACUGUGGCAGCCGUUGUUUACUAAUUUCCAUUUCUGGUCUAAAGUUUUAACUGCCAGCCAGGAAAUGGCUGUAGGAAAUGGCUCAGUAGAGGAGGGUCAACUCCCAUCACUUAACACCUCCAGGAGAACCCUUGGACCACAUGGAGUGGAGUGUGCCUUUCCCUGGAGUCCCAGCACAGGGGAUAAGGUGACCCCGUGGGAAACGAGGAAGAUCCUCCUCUAAUGGGGGCUGGGAGAGGGCUGAGAUACAAUCAGAAGUUUGGUGCAUACCUUUCCUUAUUUACUCUGUCACUUUGGUUUUCUGUUCAGUGUUUUAUGAGAGGAGAGCAAGGGGUUCCUGAAUCCUGAUCUUACACCUCUCUCCUUUAAAAAUGAUUGGUCUAGCCAAAAAUAGCUGAUGCUAAUGCUUGCCCUCAGGGCAAGGGCAUAUUGUUUUGUCUUCUAAAUCUUGGCCACUCAACUCCGACAAGCAAAAUUGUAGUUUGUACUUUUGUAACGCUUUGUUAGCUUAAUUAUCUGCACUGGGUUCCAAUGUUUCUUCCAGCCAGGUGGGGAAUUCUCAAACAUGGUACUGGUAGCAAAGGGGCCCAUUUGUAGUUGUCUCCCACACUAUUUGUUUUGUGAGUCUUGUGACUUCAUUUAUGAUCUGAGUUUCCCUUUAGCUUGUCCCAAUGGGCUGAGAAGAGAGUGGAAUCAACUAAAGUGAUUUUAACAUAGCCUCCGGGAUUAUUAAGGUCUCCUCCAUUGAGAUGCCACUUUGACAUUUAAAUAGUGUCAUAAGGACCUUGAUCGAGCGUUACAAAGGCUAGAACUGAGGCUCCAAGACAGGUGGAGCAUUUACAGUGAUAGAAGUGGGCCCAUGUCCUCGGGGAUUUCCUAGGAGGGACCAUGCAGAUAUGAUAUAGGUCAUGGUGAAUCCUACCAGGCGUGCUUACUAGCUGGCAAAGGACCUUGACUUAAUAUGCACCAGGGUGAAGCAUUAGGCUGCUGAAGGAUAAGAAUAGGACAUUAGAACCUCACAUACAGGGUUUCUGAGGACAUGUGGAAAUCACUUGGAGAUAUGAGUCUAAUCAUCAGUCAGAUCUGUGCAUGGACAUGAAGAAAAUCAGUCCCCACCCACAAAUGAAGUCAGCAGUGGAGAAAUGAUGGAAUGGAGCAGGGCUAUUGAACAGUGAAAGGCCUCAGAUGCUGUGUUAAAACUUUUAUUGAAAGGGCUUCUAGGUAAUUACCCCUAGGAGCAGUUUUAUUGAUGCAUUUUAGACUUAAAUUCUGCUCCUUUGUAUAAUGAAGGAAAGUGGCUUUGCUAGCAAAACUGGCAGUAUUGGCACCUGCUGAAAGGCUCUGUAAUUUGUUCCUAAAACUUUUUUAAAAAGUUAAAAAAGGCUGCACUUAAUGGUCUAGCGUGGGAGGAGUUUUUGAGUGGUCAACCCACCACGAGAGGUGUGUGCAUGGGGGGAACUGAGUCAUAACAUUGUGCUAAUCCACUAGGAUGGGGACAGACUCAAUAAUUGAUGUUCCUCUCUAGAUACAGGCAGAUGAAGGGGAAAGGCUGUGUGACCCUGCCCCAAGAGCUAGUCACUGUGCACACUGAAGAAAGUGAUUCCCAAGGGAGGGAAAAAACUAAAAAGAACACAGUUGUUAAGGUGUGGGGGAAGGGGAGGAAGUAGUAGCCAAAACAACCCCCAUUACUCAGCUUAUAAUAGCCAGAAUCUGUAGCUGGCAAUAAAUCUGAAUAGCUAACAUCCAAAACACCCUAAACAGCAGGAAAGAGUGUUUGUUCUUGUCAGUUGGUGUCUGGAUCUCUGGCUGGGUGCCUAACAUGUGACAGCUAGAAUUCUUGGUGGCUGGAGGAGCAACCCAUCUCCUUUGCUUUCAGAGUCCUCCCUUCAGUUCCCUUAAUUUCUUGUUCUAUUGUGAAAGGUUCCCUUUGGCCCAAAUCACAUCUUGAAAUUUAGCAGAUGGAGGGGAAGGCCCUGCCUGGCCUAGGGUUGUGUAACUGAAAACAAAAAACACAGCUCUCUGCUUACAGCACAAAGAAUAUGAUUCAAACCUGGAAAGGACAUUCUUCCGAGUGUGCCUUUUCCAGACUGGAGUCUGUCAGCAUGUGCACAGUCCAAUAGAAGAACAGGGAUAACUACAAUAGCAACCCCUAAAUGUUGCCUUUCCAGGCUUAUUCCCCUUUGGUUUUCCUAUUUAUCACUUUUUUUUUUAAUUCCCUCCAUUCUUUUCCUGUCAUGGCUUUUUUCUAGCCUUCCCCCCAUGUAUUUAUUCUCUUCCUGAGACCCUUUUUCUCUCAUAGAAAAGAACUUUUCUUUUUUCCAUCUUGUCUUUCUCUCUAAUCUCACCCAUACAUCCCUCUUCUCUUCUCCUUUGUUUCCCUUUUUCUGUCCUCCCUGCCCCUGUUAUGCAAUUGUCAUCUACCCCCAUUCUCCCCUUAGGCUACAGGGGAUGGAUCACUUGAUUACCUGUUCUGUUCAUUCCCUUCGAAGUAUCUGGCAUUGGCCACUGUCGGAAGACAGGAUACUGGGCUAGAUGGACCUUUGGUCUGAGCCAGUAUCACCGUUCUGAUGUUCUUGCUGAAACCUUCAUAUCCUCUCUUUAAAGGGCUAGAAUCACAGGAAUGUAGGACUGGAAGUGACCUCGAGAGGUCAUCUAGUCCAAUCCCCUGCACUCAUGGCAGAACUAAGUAUUAUCUAGACCAUCCCUGACAGGUGUUUGUCUAACCUGUUCUUCAAAAUGUCUAAUGGCAGAGAUUCCAUAACCUCCUCAGGUCAUUUGUUCCAAUGCUUAACCACCCUGACAGGAAGGUUUUCCUAAAGUCUAACCUAAAUCACCCUUGCUGCAAUUUAAGACCAUUACUUUUUGUCCUUUUCCUCUAUCAACUUUUUACAUACUUGAAGAUAUUAUCAUGUCCUAUCUCCCCUCACUUUCUCUUCAUCAGAUUAAACAAAUCCCAUUUUUUCAAUCUUUCCGUGUAGGUCAUAUUUUCUAGAGCUCUAAUUAAUUAUUUUUGUUGCUCUCCUCUGGACUUUCUCCAAUUUGUUCACAUUUCCUGAAGUGUGGUGCCCUGAACUGGACACAGUACUGUAGAAGAGCCUUAUCAGUACUGACUAGAGUGGAAGGAUUACUUCUCGUGUCUGGCUUACAACGUUCUUCCUAAUACAUCCCAGAAUGAUGUUUGCUUUUUUGCAACACCAUUACAGUGUUGGCUCAUAUUUAGUUUGUGAUCCACUAUAACCCCCAGAUCCUUUUCUGCAGUACUCCUUCCUAGGCAGUCAUUUCCCAUUUUGUAUUUGUGCAAUUGAUUAAUCCUUUUUAAGUGUAGUACUUUGCAUUUGUCCUUAUUGAAUUUCAUCCUAUUUACUUCAGAGUAUUUCUACAGUUUAAGAUCAUUUUGAAUUCUCAUCCUGUCCUGAGACACACUCGAGAAUCCAGAAAGCAGCAACCUCCAAUAAAGAAAUGGAGACGGCUGUUAAGAGAUGCACAAACCCCUCAAUUAGGUUCCAGCCAUCUUGGGUCAUCUGAAAUGCUGGGGAGAGGUAUGGCAUUUUAAUGAAAAGGAGACUCCAGAAUGGGGGAUCCUUUGUUACUGUGAGAGACACAAGUUUUGUUUUUUGAUCACCAUGAUGUAUCACUGCCUUUGUCUGUGGUCUCAUGCUGUAUAAUCAACAAUGCUGGGUCUUGUUCUUCCCAGAGCUCUAGCCAGGAGGAACAAAAAUUUUUUUCCCUUUUGAGUUCUUUUGGGGCAGGGUGUUGAGGUAUAAUCACUCCUCACUUGAGAGAUCUGUGUAGGAAAGCAACUUGUAUAGAGUCACCACAGUGUUAGCCCCCAUGCUGUAGAAUGACGCCCAGAGCCCCUGCACCUUUCACAUAAUUAUCUAGAGCAGUUUGUUUCUGUAAGUCCACCCCCUCUGGGGUGAUUAUUUAACUCUUAAAUUACGGUUGCGAGUGCCUGGGAAACAGCCUGUGUGUGAAAGAACGUUGAAAUCUAUUUUAAAAAUUGUAAAUGUUCCUUUUAAUAGAUAGUGGAGCUAAUUUAUCCUUUAUUGCCUAUUGUAAUGCUUUUUAUAUUGAAAGGAUUUUUUGUAAUAUAAACCAGAACAUGAGCCUGAAGCAUUCUGCACAGUUUGUGUGCAUUUCUUAAGAAAAAUAAAGGUAUUGUGACAGUGCUGUGGGACAUCUUUAAUUUUCACUAUUGACAUGAUUGGAGUUCUUUUGUUAAGUACAGUCACUUUCUCACCAAAGGAGGAAUAAACUCAGAUAAGAUGAGGUAUAAACUGAAUCCAAAAAACCUAAGACAGGAAAAGCUGGCUGACCCAGGGAGUGGUAGUGGGACUUGAGAGCCUUUCUCCUCCCCAGUGCCGAUGCUGGCUUGCCUUGAGGUCAGUAAGGAACCUGCUUGAAUUUUUAGCCUCCCUCACCUUAAGUUUUGGGCUGUAAGAAUCCAAGGUUUUGGUUCUGCCCAUUGCAGACACAGGAACCAUUUGGAGAAACCCAUUCUGUAACUGCAGGCUCAUCUCUGUUCAGAGCUCAGUCAGCUAGAGAAUACUUCUCUGCUGUGCAGAGGGCUGUACAAACACCUUGCAAUGCUGUCCCCUCCCCCACCCCCAAGGCAAGUCAGGUUCGUUAUCCUCAUUUCAUAGAUGGGGAAACUGACAGCUGGGAGGUGAAAUGACUCGGCCAAGAUCAUCUAGCUAGGCAGUGGCAGAGCCAGGAUUAGUCUCCCAAAUGUGUUCUUGGAUGCUAGCCUAUGCUGCCACUCAGCAAUUGUCCUCAUGCUUCUAGGCACAAUCCCUGUGUAAUUUCAGCAAGGUGCUGCCACUGCUGCCCAACUUACCUUUAUAGAGUGGAAGGAACCCCCAAGCAGUGACUAAUACCUGGUUCCUCUCUGCUGGAGGAUUUAAUUCUAAAAUACAAUUGUAAACUCCCCCAGUAAAGGCCAAAGUGAAGCAGCAACUCCCUGCUAGCUAUAAGCUUCUGGCAGUGCUGUGUGGUAUUGCCUGGAUCAUUCCCUUAGGGAUAGCCACAGUGCUCCAGCCCUGAUCCCUCUCACCGUCCCUUCUGGGGUCAGCUAUUCCUACUGGUGGAGUACAUCUGUCAAUGGGUAACUAGUGAUUGCUAGGGAGGAUUGCAUACACCCCUUCUCAGACAGGGAUCUCUGCAUUAGAGCUGAAAGGUGUAAAUUCCAGUCCCCGAGACAGCCCCACGGCAGCUUGAAGAGAGAGAGAGAGUUGAUCAAGCUCAUACUCUGACUGGAAGUGCAGCUACAGCAGCAUGGGCUAGCCAGCUUCUUCAGACCUAUCUAACCUUCCAGCUCCAAUCUAAAUAUACCCAUACAGUUGUCAUGUGGUCCCAUGUUCCAUAUGCUCUCAGUCCUCAUCACUAGAGCAUACUAAUUUGCAAAUGACUUCCCCUACUCUUCCCUCCCUGCCCCAGUCCCUAGGGCACCACUAGGGCUUGGUUACAAGAUUUAAAAAACAAAA